AUGUCCGACCCAGCAGCUUCUUCCAGCACCGCUACAGGCUCCGACCUCCCGGAGAAUGAUACCAAUGGCAUCCAAGAACCCAAAGCACCGGACGUCGAGGCGCCCAAACCUGCAAAGCCGCGCGCCCGACUGGGGCCUAUGGAAAUCGUCCAACUUCCCGGAUCUGAUUCAGAGCCGGAAGACGACGAUGAUACCGCUGUCAAUACAGAGGAAGAGGCAGAUGAGGACUUGCUCCGGGAUUUCCCAGAUGAUGCGGAGGACAUCCACCUCCAACAUUCUCGCCUGAAAUCUGAAAACCUCCUCCCUCUCAAUUUCCCCCGAUUUGGGAAACAUCUCAAGCGGCUCUGUUUGCGGCAGAAUGCUAUUGCUUCGCCCUUGCCCGAAGGGGUGUUUGAGGGGUUGGAAGUGCUGGAUGAGCUGGAUUUGUACGAUAAUCGGCUGGGACCAGUGGUGGAAGAUGAAGAAGUCAAGGGAUGUCCCAAUCUGAUCUCACUCGACUUCUCUUUCAACAACCUCCGUCACCCCCCUACACUCCCUUCUCAGACCCGCCUCAAAAUCCUCUAUCUCGUCCAGAACAAGAUCAACCAGGUCGAGGCGGGCCAGCUCGACUGGUGCAGCUCCACACUGACGAGCAUUGAGCUGGGCGGGAAUAGGUUGAGGCGGAUUGAGAAUCUGGAAGUUUUGACUAGGUUGGAGGAGCUGUGGUUGGGCAAGAAUAAGAUCAGGACUUUGGAGAAUCUGGACGCGUUCAGCAAUCUCAAAAUCCUCUCGAUACAGUCUAACCGGAUAACGAAGAUGGAAGGCCUCGACGGGUUGGUUAAUCUCGAAGAGCUAUAUUUGAGCCAUAAUGGCCUGAAGAAGAUUGAGGGGUUGGAGAAGAAUCUGAAAUUGCGAACCCUGGAUAUAGGCAACAACAUGAUAGAAGAGAUAGAAGGUAUCUCGCACCUCACCGAGCUCGAGGAGUUCUGGGCCAACAACAACCAAAUCCCCAACCUUCGCGCCCUCGAUACCCAGCUCGCCCACAUCUCCACCCUCCAGACGGUAUACCUCGAACAUAACCCGUGUCAGACGAACGAUCCGGGAGGGUACAGACGGAAGAUCAUCCUGGCGCUACCGCAGGUCCAGCAGGUGGAUGCUACAUUUGUACGACAGAGCUAG